AGAAGGAGAGGGAGAGAGAGAGAAAUCACCCAUGAAAACCAGCUCUGCCACAGCAUCUGCUCCUCGGAGCUUUGGGAAUUGAGACAUUUUCCUGCAGGGCAGAGCCAGGGCUGAGGAUGUGGGGUGUCGGGGGGGGAGCAGAGCCCUGGCACACUUGAUGCAUGCCUGGCUGCAAUGCCAUCUGCCCAGCUUUUUCCUGGCUGCAGGUCCUAGUAGCUUCUCUGAUGGCUAAUAAGGGUUGAGCUCAGGCUCCAAAGUACUUCCCGCAGUCCCUGCUGCAUCUUUGUGCCAUGUCUGAGCACAGUGUGGCCAGGAUUCCUCAUCCUUCUGGGAAUGCUGCAGGGCAGGCGGGCAGGCAGGCAGGCAGGGUGACUUUUGCUGUUAGCAGUGGGUGUCCUUAAGAGGAGCAAGCACAGAGAGAAGGGACUAGGUUCUCUUUAAGGGGGCAGGACUUUGGGAGCAUCAUGAAGGCAAGAGUGAGUUUCUGCCUCUGCCUUCCACCUUCCUCUCCUUCCUUUCCCUUCAUUUCCCUGUUUCUGGACGGGGAGCUGGGUUCCCUGCCCUCCCCUUUGCCUGUCAGGUAUGAAGACAGGAGCUGGGUGCUGGGAUGGGUGGUUGAGCAGGGGAGGAGAAGGAGGAGGGGAGGAAGGGGAGGGAGAAGGGGAGGAUCUGCUAAUUACACAGAACAGCUCUGGGGGCUGCUGAAGUCCAGAAUGAAGCAAAGAGCAGCAGAAGCGAGUACUGCAGUGGGAGCGGAGGAGCCCAAGCAUCACCGAGAGCUGGAGCCAGCUGUCAUCCCUGCUGGGAGCAACUGGGAGCACCCAGAGGAUCCUGCAGCCCUGUUUCUCACAGAGGACACCCUCUGGCACAGCCACUGAGCCUGCUACCAGCCCCUGCAGAGCAGAGGGGAAGGGGCUGGUGGUUGUGGGGAUGCAGGGCUGGGCUGGAGGGCAGUGAGGUCAGCCCUGCCAUGGUUCCACGGUGCUGGGAGACUGUGUGGAUCCACCGGUAAGGGGUGAAGGAUGGCUGCUGAAGGAGGGAGAACCAAGCCCGCUGCCCAGUCUGGGAUGGAGAACUUCCGAAAGGUGAGGACAUCGGAGGAAGAGAUGCCAUUGCCCUUCCCUGACCUGUCCCCGGACGUGGUGGAGAUGAAAGUGAAGGAGGGCAGCAAGAUCAGGAACCUGAUGAACUUCGCCAUGGCCCAGAUGGAGCUGAAGGGCAGCCGGCAGAUCGUCUUCAGUGGCUCUGGCAGGGCAGUCACCAAGACCAUCACCUGUGUGGAGAUCAUGAAACGCAAGCUGGGAGGGCUCCACCAGGUCACCAAGGUACGCUACAAAACUGUGCUGGAGGUCUGGGAGAACCAGGACCUGCUGCCCGACAGCCCAGCGCAGAACCUGACCGUCCACAAAAACGUCCCCUCCAUCUGCAUCCUGCUCUCCCGAGACCCACUGGAUCCCAACCAGACGGGCUACCAACCUCCAGAACCCCAGCACGGGCUCGGUGAGGCAGGAGAAGACACACUGGGAUCCUCCACCAAGGGGCUGAAGCGGCCGCUGCCACCUCCCCACGAGGAGCUGCUUCCCAAGAAGCUGCAGGUACAGGUGCCUGACAGUCCGAGGGGCUCAGGGACCACCGCUGGCCAGCCGGACCACUGACCACAGUGCUUCCCACCCCGAUCAGACAGGUGGAGAGGCAGAAAUAUACACUGAUUCUGGGGUCACCAGUGGGCUGCAGGCUCUCCCUGACAUGUCCCCACUUGCUGCCGCUGCUCCAUCUGAUCCCCACAGGUGGGAGGUCUCCAGAUUUGGGGUGAGGGUUAAAGUGUUAAACCCACCAGCUCUUGGGUAUGGAUUGAAGCAGGGGAGGGUGUGGGGGGGGAGCUGGUGGCCCCUAAUUCAGCCACCCAGGGACACCACGACCACCAGCCACAUCUUGCAGCAACUCCCACGGAGCCAGAGGUGGGGUGCCUGGACCAACACCAGCACUGCUCCCCACUGCAACGCCUCAUCUGUCAGGAGAGAUGGUUUUGCCCCAAGCCCAUUGGAAUAAAACCUUCAUUACCAAACCCACUGCUGAGGAGCUGUCAGGGUUAUUAAUGCUGGGCUCAGUGUCCUCUGGGGCCAUGAUUCAUCCCAAAAAAACACCCAAACAAGCAGGGGGUCGCUCCCUCCCUGCGCCUGCAGAGCCAAGUGCUGUGCUGUGCCAUGCUGUGCAGCCUGUAGGACAGCACAAGGAAAUAAAGCAACCUGCAUUGCAUUUUCCAGUCUUUGCUCUCCCCGAGGGUCUGGAGCUGGGGAGCUGGGGGCAAUGGGGGUGUUGGGUGGGUGGUUGUCAUGGUUGGAUGCAGUGCCCAGGGCAGGACAGGGAGGUUUUGGGAUCGUAGCUUGGCUGCAGAGCCUGGGAAAGCCCUUGGAAGCAAAAUCCCUUCUUCUUCCAGGAGGCAAAGGGAAAUGAAUGAAAAAUAAAAGCUCUUUGAAACAGUUGAGAUAUGUCUAUGGGAAAACAGGGGGAUCGUCUUGGCUGCUGAACACAGCAUGGAUCAGCACAGUGAGGGCUGCUGCUGAGCCAGGACAAGGGGAACCCAGACAAAUCCUGUCCCUUGGAAGAAUGGCAUCAGGGUCUGCUGUGUGCCCUAGUCCGUGCUGGCAUGGCAACGCCUGGCAAAGCCCCCAUUCCAGACCCCGCAGCAGGGACCAGGGCGAUUUGGGUAAUAGGGAUGCCAAACAAGCUCUAAUCCACCUGGUUCCCCUUGGCCCAGCACCUGGGGGCACUGCACGAUGAAUUAAUUGGUAUUAGUGAGUGAAACCUUCCCAAAAUCCAUCCGUGGGGAUGCUACGGCUGAAGCUGCCUUAUCUCCCUGCCUCACUCCCGCUAUCUCGGCACAGCGAGCAUCCCCUCUUUAUCAAGGGCUUGCUUUGCUGGGAAUAGGAAAUAAAGAAGAGGAGGAGGAGGAGGAAGAAGCAGGGUCUGUUUUGUCUGGCAAUGACCUUGCUAUCUCCCUCAGCAGGCAGCUGCUCCUUGGGCCAGAGGCUCUUGCUUAUCUGCUCUGCUGCAGAUUGAUUCCCUUCACUUGAACAUUAAU